CAAAGGCGGGGCAGAGGGCGGAAGCUCCAAAGUCAUAUGAUCGAUUCGUGAUAGCUUGCCGUUUUCCACUUGCUCGUCGCAAAGAUGGCUAGCCAGACGCAGGGCAUCCAGCAGCUUCUGGCCGCUGAAAAGCGAGCCGCGGAAAAGGUCUCGGACGCUAGAAAACGUAAAGCUCGUCGUCUGAAACAGGCAAAGGAGGAAGCCCAGGAUGAGAUCGAGAAGUAUCGACAGGAACGGGAAAAGCAAUUCCGUGAAUUUGAAGCCAAGCAUAUGGGUUCAAAAGAGGAUGUAGCUGCACGCAUUGAGGCAGACACGCGAGUUAAAAUAGAAGAAAUGAAUCAGACCGUUGCUGUACACAAAAAUCCGGUCAUGCUUAAAAUCUUGGACUUGGUGUACAACAUCAAGCCGGAACUGCACAACAAUUACCGCAUCGAGGUCUAAGCCACGAAAAAGUUGCAUCCAAUAGCUAUAAUACAUCUUACGCUAUAAAUGUACAUUAAAUAUUACUGUUCACUUAUAACAUAUCGUGAUAUGUAUUUAUCGCUGUUAUAUCGUACGACAUGUUAUAUUUUAACGGAAAAAGUAUAUACCAUGUAGCUGUGUAGGCAGUGAUACUCAAACUACUAGAGUUCUUUUCUCCCCGCAGUUGCUACACGACAAUAAAUGUAACCGUUUAUUAUUAUUAUCUGCUGAGCUUCACUGGCACGUCGGACAGUUUGAGAAUUGCUGUAAUGUAGUUGCAUCGUAUAUAACGAAAACAAAACAAUAUAAUAUGAAUGUAUCAAACGCGAAAUACCGUCUGUCUGCUGUGUCAAGGCCUAGGCACAUCGGAACGACGGUGGUGCGCUUGUUAACGAAGAUAACGGCUAGUGCGAUCCAAGGUGGUGGUAACGAGUUGUAUGUAGUGUUAAAUGUACGUCAUUAGGUAUCAUUCCAUGAUUCUGUUGCAUCGAGGACGUCGUAACAUAAACGAGAUUACCUACAGCCUUUCGUGGUUCACGGACAAGCUCCCAGUCGACGGUGGACUACGCGACGAUGUAGUAAUAUUUUACUUUUUCCUUUACCAGAAUUAUAUAUUGAGAGCCCUUUGAUCAUAUAGAUUCCUAUAAAACGGAUAGCGCUUCACCUCACAUGUAUAUCCUAUCUCUGUAAGCUGGUUGGUUGUCUGUACAGUAUUAGUGUUCAAAAUACAAAAAAGGAAGAAAAAGCCGAAAGGCACUAUAUA